ACAAUUUUUGUUUCUGAAAUGUGAUGUUAUUAGAGUUGAAUGUUUUGAGUUUUGAUUUGUCAGGCACAUUUGUUGUUGCGUUUGUACCUUGAUUGUAGUUAUUGUAACGUUUUACAGUUUAUUUAUUGUUCGAAGAGCUCCAACUGUUAUGAGGAUUUCAUAAUGAUCUGAGAGCUACCCUCACGACACAACCGGCAUAGUUGACGAGGUGGUUUCUCUCAAAAUCAUAGAAUCUCGAGAAUUAUUUACCGUGUGCCUAUGCUGGAAAACAUGAGCUCAAUACAGCAACCUAGUCGAUUUAUUCCUUUCACCAACAGCGCUCAACGAGCACAGCUUCUUCCUAAUCAAGUAGGUUUCUCUCACAGUCAGAGCGGCAGCGAAACGGACGUGUCGACAUCGAACGAGAACCUGAGCAGCGAGGAGCGCUACGUGAUACAGCACACGGCCCGCCAGGAGCCCCAGGGGCAGGAGACGCAGGGCCAGGAGAAUGUCAGCUCCAAUCGCAGCAGCCUGGACGUCUCGUCGUCCUCGUACAACACGCUCAUCAUUCACGGCGCGGGGGACGAGCCCUGGACGGGACGGUUGUCUGGUCUGCGAGAUCACACAGACAAUCUGAACAACUCCCUGUCUGGCUAUGGCGGGUCUCCUGUGUCUGACAUCACGAAGAAUAAGAUGGGUUCCCAUUCCCCAUCUCCGUCGCUGGCAGGAAGCAAAGAUGGGAAUUCCAAUCGCACAAGUCUGGAAAAUGCUCCAUCCGGUCGCCUCUUUGACCCUAGUGUCCGCGAGAUCACAGAUAUUCCUGAUGACUACCUCAGCCAGUCACAGGUUCUGAAGCACUUAGCCAAAGAAGUGAAGGUUGUUCCGAACGGAGGGAAUGGUGGGAGUUCGGGCACCUUGCUGGAGGACGACGAAGAAUCGAACACCAGCAUGCGGCCGGCCAUUCGCUUCGUCAGUCGCAAGUCUCGCACCAAGGACAAGAACUACGGCGUCAGCAAGCUGCCGGACUACCCCAAGUGGCUGGACAUCCCCCUGUCGCAGCUGUCGGAGGGGCUGGUGGAGAAGCUGGGGCUGUCCCGGUCGCAGCCCGACCUGUCUCGCCUGGGCUCGACCAGGCCCGUCAUCAGCGUGCUUCUCCCGAGGCCAAAGACCAGCGGCCGUGAGAAAAAAAAAUCACGACCCACAGACGAUGUGUGGCCACCAGCGGAGAUGGUGGAAAUACUCAUUCAGGAGAACAGUUCACUAAAGCUAGAGCUCGAAGCCUGUUACCAGAAGGUGGCAAAGUCACAAAAGCUGGAGCAGGAGGUGGCCAGCGUCCACCGCGCGCACGAGGAGCUGGUGCAGGCGUCGGAGCGGCGCGAGCGGCUGGAGCGCGCGGCGCGGGCGCGGCUGCAGGCGGAGGCCCGCCGCCUGCAGGAGGCCGGCCGAGCGCUCAGGGACCAGCUGGAGCUGCAGCAGCGCGACCCCGCCGACCCCUCCGGCAGGCGCGAGGCCAUCAUCGCCCGGCUCAUCUCACAGAACAAGGAACUGGUGGCGGCAAAGGAGCGACAGGAGAUAGAGCUGGCCGCUCAGCGGGCGACGCUGCAGGAGCAGCGGACGCACAUAGACAUCCUGGACACUGCGCUCACCAAUGCCCAGGGCAACGUGGUGCGGCUCGAGGAAGAAUGCCGCAAGAAGCAGGUGUACGUGGAGCGGGCGGGCCAGCUGCAGCGGGCGCUGGCGUCGCUGCAGCAGGCCGGCGAGCGGCGGGAGCAGACGGAGCGCAGCCUGCGCCUGCAGCUGGAGCGGGAGCUGCGCGAGGAGCGGGCCCGCGAGGGGAACCCCGGCGAGCCCCCGGCCGCCGAGCUCAAGCGCAAGCUGCGCGAGCGCGAGGAGCAGAUCAUGCGGCUGGAGGGGGAGGCGGCCCGCUGGGAGCAGCGCUACCUGGAGGAGAGCGCCCUGCGCCAGGCCGCCAUCGACGCCGCCAGCAUCCCCAAGGAUGCUAAGAUCGCAGCCUUGGAGAAGACGAGCCAAGAGACGGAGAAACUCAUCGCCGAGGCUCGUUCCGAGAAGAUCCGGCACAUGGACGAAGUACACGCGGCUCAGAAGAAACUAACCGACUUGGAGUCCAAAACCAAAGACUUGGAGUCGAAGCUGGCGGAAAAGGACGCCAUGAUUCGUGUCCUGCAGAGGCACGCGUACGAGAAGGACGUGACCACCUCCUCGUCGUUCCCGAGCAUGCUAGGUCGCUCGCCCCACCACACACCUCACCCUAGCCUGCACGGCAACUCCGACCUGGGAACGGUUCUGGGGACGUCUGUGUCACGAGAAGAGCUGGACCCGGUGUCGACGACGAGCGUGUUCUCGACGGCGAGCAGCGGCAGCACGGGCAUCAGCUCGUACGCGGGGUCUGACUCGCCCUCCGCCGGCAAGCUGGGCUCGUACCGCGCCGGCUACGGCUCCCCCUCUCCCCCCCGGCCCAAGUACGGCUCCGUCGCCGCGGACAACAGCUUCGACGACACGCAGCGGUCGCUGGACGACCAGCUCAAGGAGCUCGACUCGCAGCUCGACUCGCAGCUGCUCAGCAAGCGCGGUCUUUGCUGUUUUCCAGGAUUCUCUAAUACAGGCACUGCGCCGAGAAAAGGAAAAAUACCCAAGCCACUACUGGCGAGUGUAGGGGUGGGGGAACGUCUGUUCGAGACAGGGUGGCUAGUGCCCACCCGCUACGAGCAAGGCAGACCGGAGGAGAUAAUGCUCCUCGAGAAACAAGGUCGUAGUUCCCAGCAGCAGCGCAUGCCCGAGUCAUGCGGCGGGGCGAGGAGUCGCUCGGGCAGCUUGCCGCCGGCCCCGAGCUCGCUGCCUCGCCCCCGUAGGGCCACCAGGCCGCCGGCCCGUCGCCUGGGCGAGUACGGCCGGCUCAGCGACGGAGAGGGGCGCAAGACGCCCUCGGUGCCGGAGCCCGAGGCCAGGGGGCGGUCCAACAUUCCCGCCCCGCGCAGGCUGGGCGAGUACGGCCGGCUCAGCGACGGCUCGCUCAGGAAGCCGGCGGGGAAUCUCCCCAACAACAAGGUGACCAGAGACUCUGCCACCAGCGCCAGUGAAGAUUCCUCUUCCCAGACAAAGUUGCGCCUGUUGCCUGCCCCGCGCAUACGCCGAGGCUCCUCCCUCACCCGGGACGCCAAGCCGGCCUCGACGGACAGCAGCGCGAGCGGCAAGUCCGUGGCCAGCACGGGCACCAAUAGGUACCGCAUUCAUUUCUGAAUGUUGUGGCGUAACGUAUGUUCACUAGCUGCUCCAGUUUUAAAACUACAGGUAGUCUUGCAUUUUCAUUCCGUAUUAUAUUAUCAAUAGGGACAAGAUUUUAUGGUCGGUUGCGAUAAAAUUUAAAUGUCACCUGAUGUACGUCACUGCAACACUAUCCGAUAUUCUUCAGCUCAGGGCAUUCUACAGUCAGACACUGAUUGAGCCUCCCAUUAUCAGAUUUUGCGAGGGAAUUAGGGCGUGUGUUUGUUUGUAAUGAUUUUUUGAAGUUUGGAAUGAUGGUUGCAACAUAUGAGAGAUUUUUUCAAGCAGUAAACCUUAUCUUUAUUUUUCUUUUCUACAAAAUAGCUAUUACAAAUUUUAUGAAAUGUUCUACUGUAUAGUAAUUUUUCUUUGGUAUUCCAGUUAAAACAAUUUUGACAUUCGAUAGUGGGACAAAAUCGCUAAUCCGGCUCGGCCAUGGUCCCGAAUGUGAGCCUUUUCUAUAAAAUAAGACCUCAAUACAGUGAACCUGCUUAUAAAAAACUGUCAAGACCCGGUGAAAAACUGUAUCAAAUCUCCUAGACAGACAUCGUUAUUACAUUUAUUCUAAUACAGUAUUUUUCUGACAAAAUUAUACUAUUUUGGCAAAACAAGUGUGAAAAUAUUAAUGAACCUUAUAUAAUAAUACUUGUUGAAAAACACUAUUUUUAAUUAGUGUAUCAAAAUAACACUAUAAAAUCUUGUCUCUUCAUUAGUGAGUGACACGUAACAAUUAUCUAACAUGUCGCUGAUAUUUUUUAAACUAAUGCCACCAAAAUAUAUAUUUUUUUUAAUACUGAGACAAAUUUUAAUAUUAGCUGAGCUGGUAAAGUUAUAAGUAUUCCAUUUGUAAUUUAUAUACACAGAACAAUUAAUUAGAAGUUAAUCUCACUUAUUUUUAGCACUUUAGUCAUAACUAUAGGAUGUUCAAUAUCUCUUUUCCAGCAAUUAAAAUUUUCCUGAUCUUCAAUGUGAAGCAUUCUAAGGGAUGAAAUUCUUACUUCUUUAAUCCUGUGGAUUUUUUUUAAUACAUCCAUUAAUCAUCAGAAACAAAAGUAUGCACUACCAGAUUUAUAUUCUCUUGGACAUUUUCAGUUCUGACUUAUUAAUUAAAAAAAAAAAAAAAAUCACAACAUUACUACAAACGUGAUACAAAUAUAAUUCUUAAUGCAAGAGAUUACUGGUCUUAGUUGUAAAGGACAUUGAAAAUGGUAAAUUAUGUUCAGCUACUAGCCAUAAAUGUAACUGAAAAUUUUAACCUGAGCAAAUUUGGGAUUGGUUUUGAAAUCAAAAUCUGUUACAAGGACAGGAAAGACCAUUUCCCUUUUUUACAAAGUUGAGAUCUGUUUUGUGCUUUUACUACAUACAGUGUUAUAGCAGUAGGAUCUUUUGAUUGUAUUUAAAAACUAAGCAAAUCACUCAAAGUAAAAUUAUGAUUUUUUGACAAGGUGUUACAUUUUGUAUUAUGUUCACAGAAUAUGAGUAUAGUGAGCAUAUGUUAAUAAUUUACUAUAGAUACACAUGUGAGUAUGUUGUUAAAGUGAAUGACACUUUGAAUUUAAUUGCUUUUGGUGUAAUUUUUUAUUAAUUAAGGGCAAAAAAAGUUAUUUUACUGUUGUUCACCAAGUUAAUUCUAUAGCUAGAGUUUGCCACUGUCAUUUUUUUCGCAGCAAGUAUCUCUUGAAAGUUCUGAACGUCUUUAAUAUUAUGGUAACUUUUAUAGCUUUACUAAUCAACGGCAGACUUUACAUACACAGGUUCUUUACUUUUUGUUCUUUGUUUAGUGUCCUAAUGAAUUAUAACCAUGUAUGUUUAAUUCUGGCACAGUUCUAUUGCCCUUCCAUUAGACAUCACUAGCAGUGUGUUGUGCCUUAAUAUAGUUGCGAUGUAAGCAUUGCAAAAACGUUUUGUUUUUUCAGGCAGUCAUCUCAUCUGUAGUUGAAUAGUUUGUUAUUAUUAACUGUGGCAAUUUUAUAACAAAUGGCCCUAUUUGUUACCUUGUGUGUAACGUAUGCUAUUUUUCUUCUAAAUCAUGAAUUUUUUUGCUACAAAAUUGUGCUUUUUUUUUAUAAUAAUCUCUGUCAGAUGAAUCUUGCUUUUCUUAGACUGAAUCUCAAAAACUGAUCCCCCAAAAUAUUGUACAAAUCAACUACCUAAAUAUUAUUUGCCAUAGGUGCCUUUUGAGAAGAUCUUCCUAUUGGUGCAUAGCCUUAAAUAAGACUGAUGAAAACUUUCAAACUUAGAACCAGAAAUGUUUUUUGCAGUUUUAUUUUUGUAUGAAUGUUAGUUUUAUAUGCGGUUGUUGUAUGGAGGAGACGUGCUUUCUGUGAGCUGGCUGUACCACAAUAUCUAGUCAGUGUGUAAUGUAAACCAUGAAGAGGCUGUUUUGCUGUAUAGCUAUUUUGUAUUAUGCAACUAACCAGGUUAUUGUUGAGUUGUAAGUGCUUGAGAUAUAGUUUCUUAGUGACAUGAAACAUGCUUACCAUGAAGGCUCAGUAAAUAAAUGUUUCUCCAAGUAA